UAGCUCAUUGGGUUUGGGUUUGCAGGGCGUUCCUCCCUUUCACUGGCACCGUACAUGUAGUAACACCACAAAAGAGUUGCAAAGCAUUGGCUUUUAAAAUUAAAAGCGCAACUGGGAAAUGGGACCGAAGAAACCGCUGCCUCUGUAAUGUUGGUGCGACCAGUGCAGCAUUGGCUCCAGUCUACUACAUGUACGUCGUGAGCGAGCCCUCAAUCUUUCAGUGGUGUCGUCGUGGGUACAAUGGUACCGUACGGCAUGAUAGCGAACAUCACUCCUUGUGGCAGAAUAGCACCCUCCAAACAUGCAUACCAUAUCAAUCACGACACCCUGCGUUUUAAAUAAUAUUGGCCAUUUUUUGACGUUUGUGCCGGAAAGAGGGCAGCGCAGAGGCUGCACAGACACAGCAACAGCUUCACAGCUUCACUCAGCCUCACAGCUCCCACUCCCCACAAACUCUUCUCAGCCCGAACAAAACAACAACUGCAGCCAACUCUCACAGCUCUCUCACCACACCCCGACACCCUCAUAAAACUUGACAGACAGGGCAGCUACAACAAACCAACAUGGAGACUGCUUCGCUACUUUUCAGGCUCUUCCGCUUCGCGCUCCGUGGGUACUACCAGAAUGCUUUUGAAUAUUUCAUAUCAUUGGCACCAAGCGUGGCUCUGCUGACGGACAAAUCAUCCUCGGAGACAGGAGACUCGGAACCCCCAGUGCCGCUUGGUCUGUCGCCGAGCAAUAUCACUGUGGAAUGGCUCACCCAUUUGCUUCAAAAGAAAGAGCUCCUUUCCAAAGACAACCGAAUUCGAAGCUUUGAGUUAUCUACCUUUGGCGAGGUUGGCCAAAUGUCUGAGCUAUAUCGCAUGACACUUUCUACAGCGAAGGAAUCCACGCUCACACCAUCAUCAUUGAUUGUCAAAUGCAACGAUCGAAGCAUCAAAGGCCGCGUGGUAGGAUCACUAACCCUGGUCCAUGAAACUGAACAUGGCUUCUUUCGAGACUUCUCAGAAGAAGCCCAGAGCGUCAUACCUCACCCAAAGGUAUAUUUCCAGGCUUAUGACGCAGCCACAGACAAUGGGCUUCUGAUCAUGGAAGAAAUUCGAAAUGUGCGCCACCAAAAGCUGGGGGUCACGAUGUCUGUGUCGCAAACAAAGUCUCAUUUAAGCCAGAUUGCAGCGCUUCACGCACAGUAUUGGCAAGACCCCAAGCUCAUGUCAUUCGACUGGCUCGUCAACAACUCUGCGCGACGAGAACAAACAUGGGGAACCAUGAUGAAGCUAAUGUGGAAGUCCAAGGGAAAACCACGUCUUGUUUCCAUCAUGUCACCCAAAAACAUUGACACCAUCGAGAUGUUUGUACAAAACUCAGACAAAUGGUGCAAGAAAAUUGAUAGUUGCACUUACACUUUACUUCACGGCGACAUGAAUCCAUACAAUCUCCUGAUACCCAAAGAGGAUAGUGACAACCAGAACAUUGUAACGGUGGAUUGGCAAACAGUCAUUCGGGGAAACUGGAGCCAAGAUGUCGCGUACUUCUUUGCCAGCAAUUUGAACCCCAGCACGAGAAAGGCGCACGAUGACGAACUAUUGGAGCAUUACCGCUGUGAGCUCGUCAAGCGCGGGAUUGAUUUGAGCCCAGAGCAGCUGGCAUCUGAUAUUGUCCUUGGGAACAUUUAUGUUUUGGUGUUCUUCGUCAUGUCCUUCAGUGUCUUGGAACCUUCGGACCCUACUCAGCUUGAGAUUAUGAACUACUUCACCGAAUGUGUAACUUACAUCCUCGACAAGGACGAUAGUGUUCGUCACAUGCUGGAAUCACUUUUAUGACAUGCCACGUAAGAACAAGAGAGUGGUAAUAGGUUACAAGUGUUGCAAAAGCGUGAGAGCCCAUACGUAUUCUUUUGAAAAGUUGGCAGCUAGCUAUUGGGAGGAGGCGCUGGCUUCGACACUCAAGAGUAGGUUGCACCCUUUGCAUCAGGGCGUUCCAGAGGGGUUUGAUAGUCACAACAGCCAACGCGAUGUGAUGGAUGUUUGUUUAUCACUGCUUGCUUCAGGAGGUUGCAGCGUUUCAGCCUCAACAGCGAGAGACUGUGCGGUACGGUACCGGUACAAGGUAUCGUAUAGUAUCGAACAGCAUCUCUUUUUGGAUGCCAAUCAAUUUCACAGGAGCCCUCCCGAGUGAAAUUGGCAAUCUUAUGAAUAUGACAGAGUUCCAGGUGCAGCACAAUGAGCUAUCGUCGUCGCCGCCAAGUGCAUAUGGGAGAUUGACUAACUUGAAGCUCUUGAAUCCUUCAAAAUAAUGUGCAGCUGUCAGGGACUGUGCCUACAGAAUGGGGAGCCACGAAUGACGCGCUGGAACCGUCGAAUCAAUCUAGCGGGGACAUCAAUUCUUGGUACAAGAAUUCUGGCAAGACUUUGCAUCGUCCCAGAGCUCUAGUUUGAUCCCCCAACAUGCUCUGUGGAUGUGAUUGCGCUUGUGGACAGAAGUAAGAGUGAGAAACAUGUACGCAAAGAUUGUAUAAAGCAACUCGAGUAGAGCACCAUUGUAUGUGAUGCGUGGGGAGGUUGUUGUUUCUGCCGUAGCACCGGAAUCUCACCGCGCGGGCUUCAUCAAACUUCGCGCCGAAAGGAGGUGCCGUUAGAAAGAGGAAGGGGGUGGAUGGCGGAUGUCAACAGGUACUACCGUAGCUAGCUAGCUAGAGUACUAGUAUGUCAACAAUAAAAGCUGUGACACGAAAUGAAUUAGAUCCAAAAUAACGAGAAUGCCGCAAGACUGCUAUGAACGGGUAGUUAGAGUAAACAUAGAGUUAAAAUUUUUACCACUCCUUUGGAAAGGUUUACCGCGGCUACCUGAGAUACGAAGCUGCAACAGGUCCUUCAAAGAUCCAACACACCCAAUGACAAAAGAUCCAGAACGGAGCAAGAUGACGUUGCUCGCCUUGCUUGGACCGUAAA